AUGCAGCAAUACCAUUGUCGCCCACGUCCCGAUCGCUUCGCCGAACGUUGCAUCGCAUACCUAGCAGUCCAGCAUCGCACAAUCACGAGUGAUGAUGUUACGGCAAUUCGUGAUCGACGUAUCGGUCAAUACAAGCAAAAUUCCACCCAUGUAAUCAAGAGUUUGAGGGAAUGUUCCUGGAUGAUCUCAAUUUUCAACGGUGGCCCGGUGGGCGUCACAGUGGGGGGUUCGUUCCUUGAAGUUCCAUCUAUUUACACCCCCAGCCGCUGUCUGAAGGGCUCCAUCAGGGACAAGGGUGUUAUUCUGAGUCCUGGCCUAUUUUGGAGUGAGGGUCAGCUAUCCAUCCCUCCACCGCUUCUGCUUCUUGAUGGACCAAAACCGCGCGCCGCGCCCUCAUCGGCCGCAUUGACAGCUGGAGCUUGGAUGGGUGCUGGCCGCCGCCCCGCAUGGUCAAGCGAACGCAAGGGAACUAGGCGGGAAAGAGGGGAAGCUCGUUGCUUUUCUUACUCCAAGGUGCCCUUCGCUUACGGUUUGACACCUGUCCGCAUUCAUAUCUUGAGUCCGGGUAGGUCAGAAGAGAGGGGCAAGCAGGCGCACGGACACGGUGCAGAUGGAGCAAGUCUGUCAGAGGCGGAGGAGAAGAGCAAAGAUGUCUACUGUGUGCUGCGUGGGUUCGUGAAACGCGUCUGGUGGGAUGAAUGUGAUAUCGGACGCUGGCAACCAGGGGAGGCCCAAACGCAAGGAAGAAGAAAUGACGCUCCAUCGGAUAUGAUGAACAUGAACAUGACCUUCACGUCACGUUUUCAAUGCGUUUGUUUGUAUUUCAUCUCGAUUACGUAUAUCGACUGGGUUGUGGCGUUGUCAUUUUUGUCUUGGAAGAUCGGGAAGAUGGGCGGCGGUGCAGCCGGCGAGUGGGAGAAGCCGGAGCUUGCUCCGGACCCCAGCGCCACAUCCGUUCCGGCACACCGAGUCCAUUCCGAGUACAACCAAGAGCCUCCGGUGGGCGGAAGGCUGACUUUCGGAGCGUCCGCUUUGUGGCAUCUCAAAUCAGCAAUGUUCUCGAAGAGGGGAAAUUCAAAAAGUCAACUCAACUUCUUGCUUGACUUUUCCCGAGAGUUCAGAUGCACACAGACCCAUUGUCUCUUCUUGGUACCGCAGCAAUCGCCGUUUACUACCAGCGUGUUCCGAAGUUUUCGCAUGAACGUCUUCCCAGAAGCCCACGCAUCGGACAAAAAGAAGGAAGAAAACGUGGAUUCAGCGGGGAUGGUCCUGAGCUUUGAUCUCGUCGAGCGAUCUCAACAGCUUGUCCUCAUCGCUGCCUACAGGGAGAGCCCCGAGACAAUUGUCAGCGAUACCCCCUGCCCACAAGCACCUCGAUAUCUGCAUCGCUCUCCCUACCACUGCAUAUGCAACUCCAUCGCGCCCGCGCAACACCCUACCUGUUCCCAUGUUCCCAGCUUUUUCAUAGUCCUUCAUUCCGGAUUCUCGAUUCCCUUGCUCUUGGACCCGGCUCCAAUUCCACAAUCGCCAAGCAUCGCGAUGACGAAUUCUACAUAUAAGGAUACGUUAAAACGGGCGCAAGGCUCCACAUCAAAGCUUUCAGGGCUUAUUGACAACCGAGAUCGCCAACCCAAGCUUUCCAAGGAACCCGUUAUUAUGACCCGUCCGAGUGUGCCGAAGUUUUCGCUGAUUUCACGCAUAUCACGCAAGCAACCUCAACAUGGACAGGCCUACCUCUAUCCCCCAUCCAUUUCAGCGCUCAUCGGGGUCCAGAACAGGGGCGAUUCGAGGAGAGACUUUGUAGUCCAUCGACAGAAGGGCAAGAUUCCCUUGCUGGCAUGCCGCUGUCAAAGACGGGGCCCCACCGAAGAAAUGGCCGGAUGGAAUAUUGCAUGCAAAUAUCAUCAUAUGAUCGCAGAGGCAUGCAUGAGACUCGCCAAUCUGGCUUACGACUGGUUUGUCUCAUUCCUCUGCCGCAACUUGCUGGACCUCGAAACAGGCCUUUGGACUUACCCCAAGCGAUCAUCAAUGCCCCCGGAAUCGAGAGAAAGAUUUCAAAUUCGGCCCAUCCAUGAGAGCCCUCCAAAAGGAUUGCCGGACAUAUUACCACCUGAUCCAUCCGUCUAUCGAACGAGACCGUCGGCUUGUGGUGCCUUUGUCAAUAACACCAGUCACUAUGACCUCCCGUUUCCGCAUCCACAACCGCACCCAUCGCAAAGCAUAAUCACAUACUGUGGCCAAUAUGCGAAAUCUCACAACGCAGGAAACCCCCAUUGCCAGGAAGGCCCACGGAACCCGCGUCUUGUCUGUUCCCAACUUGCCUGCCACUGCCCCCCAUCGCAUCACAUCACCCCUCCGCAUGAAGAGUUGCUCAAGACCAUCCUGAGACCCGGAGCUCAGUCCUCCCGACCAAAGCUCGCCUGGCGGUCCCUGAUCACCGCUAGGGCCGUGCGCAGGCAUUCCCAAACAAGCACCGAGUCAGAGUCCUGCCCUCUCUCACCCUCCCUUAUCCGCACCAAGGCUCAGAUUCAGCUGUCUUAUCUGUCUCCUGCCUUGGAAAUAGUGGUUUUCCUUGCAGGCUUCACAGGGAGAAGUUUGCCUCCCUCUGCUCAUGGAGGCGAUGCUACCUCCGUUGAGUCAUGA